GGCAUGUGAUACCGCGGGAUUGCUCGACAGCCGAAUAGCAAACAACAACCCAGUCAGUCAUCUAACUCUCCUCGGUUUAGAUAAUAAUCCCUGGAAUAUACAAACCUUUCCUUUCCCCCCUCCCCCUACCAUAACUAUGUAAAACCUUCCUACCAACCACAGAAACCAAACCCAUCAUGACCACCCUGUUCACCCUCCCCAUCCCCUCCACCAACGGCACCAUCACCUGCACCAACCCCUCCCCCGCCGACAAACUCAUCUACUGCUUCACCUUCACCUCUCCCCCAGACAACCGCCUCACCCCAACCUUCAUCGAUACCUUCCUCCUAGCCCUCGACAUCCUCGAACAUCGCUACCCAAAGGGCGUCCUAAUCACCACCAGCGGCAUCCCCAAAUUCUACAGCAAUGGACUCGAUCUCGAACUCGCCCAAUCCACAGAGGGAUUCGUGGAGAAAUGGCUCUGGAAGUUAUUUAGACGGUUCUUGACAUACCCCAUGCCGACCAUCUCCCUCCUAAACGGCCACGCCUUCGCCGGCGGCCUCAUGCUAUCCAUGUACCACGACUACCGGAUUCAAAACCCGAGUAAGGGAUUCCUCUGCAUCAACGAACUCGAAUUCGGCGUCCCGUUACAAUCCCCCAUGAUGAGUGUGUUUCGGGAAAAGCUCACACCCCAGGUAUUCCGGAGUGUGGUGCUUGAGGCGAGGAGGUUUCCUGGUCCCGAGGCUUUGAAGGCGGGGAUUGUGGAUGCGUUGGGCGGGAUGGAGGAGACACUGGGAUUCGUGAAGGAGAGGAAGUUGGUGAAGAUGCCCCAGACGGGGAUUUAUGGCAUGAUGAAGGAGGAGAUGUAUAGGCAUUCGUUGGGGAUUUUGGAUGGGCAUGCCGGGAAUGUGGAGUGGAGGGAACGGGUGGAGAGGGGGAAGGAUAGGUUGGAGGAGGAGGGGAGGAAAAAGGUCGAGAGGUGGGAGGGGAGUAAGUUGUGA